AUGUCACGAUUCGUCCGCCACACAUCUCGACUUACUGCUCCGGCAAGAGCAACGCCCUUCAUCAGGGUUUCUUUUUCGCCGACUCUACGUGCCGCUUCUCAAGCUAGAAGCUAUGCCUCGGCGGGCCUCAAGGAGUAUACGGUUCGCGAUGCGCUAAACGAAGCCUUGGCCGAGGAGCUUGAGUCAAACCCAAAGGUCUUCAUAUUGGGUGAGGAGGUAGCGCAGUAUAACGGCGCUUACAAAGUCACCAAAGGUCUACUAGACAGGUUUGGGGAGAAACGAGUUAUCGAUACGCCAAUCACCGAGAGCGGGUUUUGCGGCCUUGCCGUUGGCGCGGCCUUGAGUGGCCUUCAUCCUGUGUGCGAGUUUAUGACAUGGAACUUUGCGAUGCAAGCCAUCGACCAGAUCGUUAACUCGGCGGCAAAAACCCUUUACAUGUCCGGGGGCAUUCAGCCUUGUAAUAUCACAUUCCGUGGACCGAAUGGUUUCGCUUCGGGUGUUGGAGCACAGCACUCGCAGGAUUACUCCGCAUGGUACGGAAGCAUCCCCGGUUUGAAGGUCGUGGCUCCCUGGAGUGCCGAGGAUGCCAAGGGCCUUCUCAAGGCAGCCAUUCGAGAUCCGAACCCUGUUGUUGUUCUCGAAAACGAGUUGAUGCCUGCUGGACGAGCUGAGUUCGUCCGGGGCGCAGCGGGAUUUUUCCCCUUUACCCCCGGCGGUCUCGAUGGAAUUGAAGCUACUGCCGUCUUUGAGGACCAGCUACAACAUCCAAGUGCCCUUCGUGAGCGCACGCUAGCAACAAGCAAACUUGAACGGGUUAUUACCUUUGGCGCGAAUGAUAGCUUGCUAGAAGUGGCUCCCGGUCUUGCACGUGGCAUUGGAUGGCGGAAGAGGAUUGACUCUGCCGACGAGACCGAAAGACUAGAGAUAGUGCGAGAACUCGGGGAGGAGCCUUACCAGCUGGCCGGGAGACUUGAGGCCGAAAAUGAUGCGGCUUUGCGCGCCGACACCAAUCUUACGCCUAAUGACGACUCCGAAGAAGAUAUUGAUACCAUUCUUCCUGUGGAAUUUCCCGCUCUCGAGCCCCAUGGAAUGUUAGCAGCAUCUAGCUCUCGGAGGGUAGGUCGGGAGUAUGCGCAUAUGGUGGAUAUCAAAUGCGAGAUGUCAAAUUUCCGAGAGCUUGUUCCGGACAUGGCAAGAGAAUGGCCGUUUGAGCUCGAUACCUUCCAGAAGGAGGCAGUGUAUCAUCUCGAAAGCGGUGAUUCGGUAUUUGUUGCGGCCCAUACUUCGGCAGGCAAGACUGUUGUAGCGGAGUAUGCUAUUGCACUAGCCGCGAAGCAUAUGACAAAAGCGAUAUACACCUCCCCGAUCAAGGCGCUGAGCAACCAAAAGUUCCGAGACUUUCGGCUCACUUUUGACGACGUGGGGAUCCUUACAGGCGAUGUACAGAUUAAUGCAGAAGCCAGCUGUCUAAUUAUGACAACAGAAAUCCUCCGGAGUAUGCUCUAUCGGGGGCUGAUCUUAUACGAGACGUCGAGGGCUGGAAAGCUGCCGGUCAGGCACUCCAAGGAAAAGCUAAGGUCCCAAAUGACAGUGCCAACGGCGGUAUUCCAGGACGCGGGAGAGGUGCUGUCGCCCGUGGUCAUUCACGAGGAGCUGGUCAACGUGGGUCCUCUCGAGGCGUUACUCGAGGAGGUCGAGGCGGCCCUCCACGUGCUAGUCACACACCAGGCCACAUGGGAAAACCCGGCCAAAGCUGUCAAGCUCUCUGAGGCUGAUCUCGCCCGAGUCAAGCGCGACUCCUGCAGCAUAUGUGACGCAGCCAUGGAUGCAUGUCACGACGCUUCCCAAAUUUACCAGAAGUUAACAAUUGAAUUGCACAAGGGUCUUCUCGCGGUACCCGUUGGGCGCAAGAUGUUUACUACACAUCGCCUUAUCGUCUACGAUGUGAAUGGAAUUCGUACCCCGGGAAUAUUGCUUGCCGAGGGCGCAAGCGAAAAAGCAUUCCCGGAUAUCUUCCAAGGUGGUGACGCUCACCAAAAAGCCAAGGAACGAAUCCACAGCCUCUGCCGGUCCUGGGACGGGAUAUGGGAAGAAGCCGACAUGUCUCCGUUCAGGAGCCUAUAUCUACAGGAGCUUAUUGAGAAGAGGAGGAAAGCGGCUGAUACUGCAUCGUCCUCUCCCGCCGUGCAGUGCCCUGAUUUUGUCAAACAUUUCGCCAUGUGCCAUGACCAGUGGCUUAUCAGAGAAAAUAUCUCCCAACUUCGGCAGUCACUUUCAGACCAAAACCUGCAGUUACUACCGGAUUACGAGCAGCGUAUUCAGGUGCUGAACGAUCUUAAUUUUAUCGACGUAGAUUCCCGUAUUCAACUCAAGGGCAAGGUUGCAUGCGAGAUUCAUUCAGGUGACGAGCUUGUUCUCACCGAGCUCAUUCUCGAUAACGUACUCGCAGAAUACGACCCGGCAGAAAUCGCCGCUCUUUUAUCGGCCUUUGUUUUCCAGGAGAAAACUGCAUGCGAGCCAUCAUUGACUAGCAACCUAGAGCGCGGGAAAACGACGAUCAUCGAAAUUAGCGAGAAGGUAAACGCUAUCCAGACAUUGCAUCAGGUUAUUCAGUCAUCUGAUGAAUCCAAUGACUUUGUAUCUAAGCCUCGUUUCGGUCUCAUGGAAGUCGUCUACGAAUGGGCCAGGGGCAUGAGCUUCAAAAACAUCACCGACUUGACUGAUAUUCUUGAGGGAACAAUUGUUCGGACCAUUACGCGACUUGACGAAACCUGUCGAGAAGUGAAAAAUGCUGCUCGGAUCAUUGGAGACCCUGACCUUUACCGAAAAAUGCAGACUGCCCAAGAAAUGAUCAAGCGAGACAUCACGGCUGUAGCCAGCCUAUACAUGUAA